GCUGCAGACCCCUCUUCUGGCUGACCGUGAGGGUGGCAUGAGGAGCCUGACUGGCGUUGAGCAGAAUGAGAUCCUCAACUUCGGAGAGGUUGACUUGGCUGCGACCGUGGCAGCAGCCAGUUCUGGGGCUCACUUCUACGGUGAAGAUGCUCACGGUGCUCACAUCAACUGCCUCCGAUCAGGAGGAACCUGCGGCCUUGAGAGCUUGACGUUUGGCGCUUGCGGCAGCGUGUCUCCAGGAAGCGGUGGCGUGCCCUGCGCAAAUCUCAAAGCUCUGUACAAGCCAGAACAAGCCUUCGUCCGGCACUCCUUGGUCCGCAGGCCAGCGGGGCCUGGCUUGAUCCUCCAGGCGGGCCUGGAGGAGACGUCCCUUGUGGCACAGAACAUCUUGGUGAUCUCCUCUGUGGGCCCAGCCAUCACGCUGACAACGAGGGGCGCGGCGGCUGCCAACAACACGGAGUCCUUGACGGUGCAUCACAACCAAGUGGUCUCACCGCGACGGUCCGCAGUGGGCUUGCCCUUCUUGCGACAGACCGUGGCUUUCAAGAUCAUGACCGGAACUGCGGCCUACCGUCACAACUUCGCCACAAAAGCAGAGGCAUGUUUCAGCUUCGAGCCCAGAGAGGACUCGGAGCUCGUCCCUCGAAGCCCCCAUUUGGUGGGCCGGCAGUCUUCCCGGUGGUCGUUGGUGGCCUUCGAGGGAAACGCCGCGCAUGACUGCUUAUAUGGCCUGCGAGUCCCACAAGAGCUGCGUCAAGGCAACUCUCAGGUCUUUACCGACUUCACGGUCUUUGCCAGUCAGUAUGCCUAUUACGUCCGUGCCUGUGACCGCUGCCGUCUGGUGAACUCCGCGUGGGUGGAGACGACGGCUGGCGUCUACGAUGAGGACUCUGCACCUGUGGUCACUGAUGACCCAUGGAUUGAGAACGUGACAGCCGUGGGUACUCGCUUCCUGCCGCAGUGGGCCAGCGUAGCCAUGGAGCCGCAGAUUACACUCAGCGCACGAGAAGGACGACGUCUUCGCAACAUCACCUUCUUCCUCUUCGGCAACAGCCCUUGCUUGCAUGGGGGCGAGUAUCCGGUGACGAUCCGUGUGGAGAAGCUCCACUUCUAUCGGAGCCUCGUCGAGGUUUACACGGCGGGCGCAGCUGGGUAUGGGAUUUUUUCAGACCUGGAUGGCUCGCUUUCCGGAUAUGUGGGAGGCGAGGAAACAGAAAAGUUCAAGAUGCUGCAUGACAUCAUCAUUUCUAGGAGUUCACGGCGACCACGGGUUGGUGCUUUCGCAUUCCUGAGUAGUGCGGUAGUGCGCAGGUUUUUUGUUGCCUCCUGUCAGGUUCCGUGA